UCUGUGCAGAGUUUCAUGUGUCUGCUUGGGUUUCCUCUGAGUUCUCUGGUUUCCUUCUGCCUCCCAAAAACAUGCCAGUAUGUGGAUUGGGUAAGAUACAUUGCCCUUAAGUGUAAAUGAGUGUGUGAAUGUGUGUCCUAUGAUGGAUUGGCAUUCUAUCCAGGGUGUACUCCCGCCAGUAUUCCAGGGAUAGAUGCACCACGGCCCCGAUCUUAGUAAAAGCGGUGACUGAAAGUGAGCAAACAAGCAUAUCUGGCAACCCUGACUAGCUCUCCUCUCACACGUGAACAUGGCGGACGAUAAGGACCCUUUCAGGCAGCUGAAGGAUCUUACGCAGCUUAAAGGCCAGCUGGAGGACAUUCGGCAGCGAGUGGAGAGUGAGGUUCCUCAGGGUGGGAGUGUUCUGAGCUCUCCCUUGCUCAAGGGCUUCCUAGCUGGAUAUUUCAUAGCGAAGCUGCGUUCAGCAGCCAUUAUGGGCGUGCUUCUGGGAACUUGCACAGGCAUCUACGCUGCACAGAACUAUAACAUGCCCAACAUCGAGCAGACCAUCAAGGGCUAUUUCAACUCUUUUAAGAAAAGUAAAUAGAGUUAUGGACAUGGACGGUGUUUGGGAAGAAUCAUCAACCUCAAAAGUCUUUCCAGGAAGUACUACAUCCCUACACAAGUCAUACAGUUUUAGAGGGACUGGCAAGUCUAAAGCAUGUGUAAACCUUUAAAGAGAUGUUACCUGGUUGCCAGUAUGAAAGAAAUAUACACUUGAAGCUUUGAGUUUUCCUAAAGAGAUGUAACAUAAUAAUCAUCAGUGUAGAGCCGGUAUCACUUUCAGCACUCUCACUGAUAUUUAAAAUGGUGAGCUAAACAUUAUGAUCUGGGACCUGUCUAAAAGGUGUUGUUUUUUUUGUUUUUUUUUCCCCUAAAGAUUUUCUAACAUUCCAGUCAGCCUCUGUUGAAAUUUGCACUGCAGGUUGGUUGAAUUAUUCACAGCAUAUACCGUGUCACCAGUGUCUAAUUACAGCUCACUCGGCACUGAUUUGAGCCCCUCAGUGUAGCUGAUGGAGUGAUGACCAGGCAUGUGAGUGUUACUGCCUUUCUGAUGCUGGGAGCACAUUUGCACAUUAUCCCUGCGGGUUUGAUAUGUUGUGUUGAAUGGGAGAUAAUGAAACAAAUGUUUGUGUACCAAAAAUGUUAUCAGGGUUUGAACCAGUUGACUUCUAUGCAGUUGGUUUAAAAAUUGCUGACAAACGUAUAAAUGUUAAUCCAGUGCUAAAAUAGUGUGACGAUUCUAAGUGCCAUUGUCUUUCAUCUCUUAUUUCUUGACCAAAAGUAAGCACUCAUUUGCAAUAUUCUGGCCAGUUGUAAAAGUAUUGUUUUGUAUGACACCAUGUUUUAACAACCUUUCCUAGUAUGUCAUUUCUGUUACAUCAUUUUUGUCGUAAUAUGACUUUAUUCAUAAAUACUUUUAAUGGUAAGAUAUUUUCAGGUUGCUUCUUGAAUUGUUUACCUCAUUGUUUACACUUUAGUAAAAGUGUGUUACUGGCUUGUUGAUACACCUCACUUUUAAUUUCAAACCAGGUUUUCUGCACGCAAUGUAAAUGAGGUUUCACUUUUAAUGUAAAUUACGGAUAGCCUGCGAUGCGAUAACUUUCCAUUCUCACAGUACUGAUAUCGUUACAGGUGUGACCCCAAAUGGUGAGGUGAUAGGAUUAUCAAGACACAAUGCCUUUCUGAAUGAAUAUUACGGUCACGUACCCAUUUGUUCAGAGAAGGUUCUUGAUGUCCCACUGCCGCUCCAAUGCUAUAACUGAUUGAAUGUCAUUUUAGGUGGUAUUAUACACAUAUUGCUGAGACUGAAGUGAAUUGUCCCUUUGAUAAAUUAGCAUUUUUGGGGAACAAGCUUAUCCUAACAUGUUUCGGGGGUGGAAUCUGCAAUUUCUUACAAAUCUCAUUGCAGUAUCAUUCAACAUAAAAAGUUAUUUUCUGUAUAAAUUAUAAUGGGGGGGCCUCGGUUAUUAUGAAAUCUGUAUUUUGUUGUUAUAAUUACAGAAGUGUAUUCAACACAAAGUUUGCUUUUCAUCACUGACUCAGUAGAGGUGUACUGUUUUACAUUUCACAUUAAAUACUAGAGAGACUCACAUAAAAAUACUUGUCUCAUCAAUCCUCUGCUGGUUCUGUAUGCAAUAAAUACUCACACAUGUUUUGUUAGUACAAAUUUAUUUUCACCAAUUUUAGUUGUCCAAAUUUCAUUAUAUUCUCAUUAAUAUCAUGCACUACUCAGUGUCUUAUCACACACUGUAGUUUACUAAAUGAAAAGGAUAAUAAGCAUAUUCUAUUAAAAUAUGAUAUAACAAAGUAAGAAUAGUUUCUCAGAACAUGCCCAAACUAACCAAGACAGUGCAUUAUGCUUAUCAUUAUAUUAUGAUGCUUAUGAAGCUUUAUUUUAACCAACUAUCCCAAAAAUGUGUAAUGCGCUUAAUGUCUGCUCAUAACAGUAUUUAAUGUUUCACACUACUUUAAUUUCUGAAAGCCAGAAAAAGCAAAUGGAAAAAAAGAGUCUUCAUGUGGAUGUGGAUAUUCAUCCCUCAGUUCUUAUUGGCAGAUUCUGAAAAAGUGGAAAGGCAAUUUUUCAGUGAAAUAUUCAUCUUAAUUAAUGUAACAUUAAACAGGAGAUGCUAGUUAUGUUGAAUGUUAUAAAGAAUACUAUUAUUUCUAGAAGAUCUGAAUGCGGAUGUACAGCUUCCACACAAAGCUUCCCAAAAAUGACUGCUUGAUGUUUUCUUCUGUAUUACCUAAACCUUAGUGGCACUGCACUGAGCACGGCCCUCCACCACAGAGUCAGCAACUGCAGUUCCAUUCUCGUCCACACACCAGCACCUAGCAUUCUGCCAGCACUGCUCAGGUUCGUAGGCACCGUGCUCAUCACACUUGGGCUUGAACAAUGGCAGAGAGACUUGGACCAAACCUGCAGCCUCCUGCUGG